ACUUUGACAAAUUGAAACGUAGACCUCUCCUAGACGACUUGGCGGACACGAGCCGUCGCCUACUCUGACAAACUGAAACCCCGUCUCGUUUGGGACUGCGGCUGCCGCCUGAGCGCUCUUUCGGCGAAUCGUUUCGGAAAGACAAAAAAACAUAUACAAAAGGAAGCGACCUGCGCGGGGUCCUGCCGUGCUGCCCUCCCUGUGCGGGGUAAUUAGCGGUGGGGGGCUUCGCAGUGGUAGUGAGUCACCGCAACGCCGUGCUUUUAUUUCGAACGCCGCCGCUCUGGUUUCGACGCCGCCUGAAUGCACGCGAAUGGCAGUGUCGCGGGUGGUGACCAGUCAACGCUGGUGCCGAAGGCAUGUGCCGUACUUCGCCAUCGGCGUGGCCAUCCUGAGCGUGCAGAUCGUGCUCGGAUACCUGUUCUACCUAGCGCCGGCAUCGGAAACGGACGCCGCCGGACAUCUUCCGACCGCACGGACGGGCGGACCGAGAGCCUCCGACUCACAGGCCAGCAAUGGACGAGAACAGAGUGCUCAGUCAGAUGACGAAUACAAUGACGAGGACGGCGGGCAGCAUCCGCGCUCGGAGGCUCGUAGAAGCCCGUCGGCGUCGAACGACGUCAACGGAUCGGAGGCCAUCAACUGGGCUCAGCUGGGGUUCCGACCCGAAUGCGACAUCGUCGAGAAAGACGCCCUCUCCGCGAUACGGCGUGCCACUACGACCCGGUGCAAACAGGAGUUGGCAAAUGUGACCUGCCUCGUUCGGCGAGGAAUGCUGUACCCGAGUGAGCUGCCGCGGUUUUGCGAGACUUCGCCAGCUGUCGGCGAAGUCACGAAACGCGAGAUCCUGUGGCCGCUGGCCCCGGCGACCUCCAAGACGCUGAAGCCUGCGCGCAUCGCCUUCCUUCUCUGCGUCAACGGCCGCGCGGUGCGCCAGGUGCUGCGUCUGUUGCAGUUCCUCUACCACGAGCGUCACGUCUUCUACAUUCACGUUGACGCCCGGCAAGACCACCUGUACCGGUCCCUGUUACCGCUGGAGUCGCGAUAUAGCAAUGUUUAUCUGGCGCGGGACCGACUGGCCACCAUCUGGGGUGGCUCGAGUCUGCUUGAGAUGCUUUUGCGGGGCAUGGCCUACCUCCUGCGCCAGCACCCUGGUUGGGACUACUUCGUGAACCUGAGCGAGACCGACUACCCCGUCAAAUCUCGCGAGGAACUGGAAAUGUUCCUGGCAGCCAACAUGGGCUCCAAUUUCGUCAAGUCCCACGGCCAGGAUACGCAGAGAUUCAUCGGGAAGCAGGCGCUGGAGCGCACAUUCCACGAGUGCGGAGGGCGCAUGUGGCGCCUGGGGCCACGCACGCUGCCGUGGGGACUGCGGCUCGACGGGGGCAGUGACUGGGUCGCCCUGCACCGCGACUUCUGCUCCUAUGUGGCGCUGCCCGAACAUGAGGACCCCCUGUUGCAGGGGCUGAAGGCGCUGUUCCGGCACACUCUCUUACCAGCCGAGUCGUUCUUCCACACAGCACUGCAAAACAGCAUCUUCUGUGGCACUGUGGCUGACCAGAACCUGCGGCUCGUCAACUGGAAGCGUCGCCACGGUUGCCAGUGCCAGCACCGCCACGUCGUAGACUGGUGUGGGUGCUCGCCCAAUGUCUUCCGUACAGACGACUGGCCUCGCAUACAGGCCACUCGCGAUCGCCCCGUCUUCUUUGCCCGGAAGUUCGAGUCGUCGGUCAGCCGCAAAGUGCUGGACCAGGUGGAUGUGUGGAUCGCGGAGUCGCGACCACAUCUCUCGUCGGCCGGCCCUGCCGUGCCACCCGCCGGCUACUGGCAGAGCGAGUAUGACCGCGGCGACGGCGUGGCCGCGGAUGACGUCAAGCUGACGGUCUACGAGAGUCUAGCAAGACUCGCCGACCGACACCUUGGUUCUUUCUGUGUCAUCAACCGCAACCGCAGCCUGUCGAUUGAUGCCGUCCAUCUAUACUUCUUCGGAGACCAAUUUCAGGGCCUGCUGAUGUCGUACACGACCGGUGGCGACUCGUACGAGGUGCACCUGGCGCCCCUGGAGCGGUGGCAGCCGGGCAACCAGGAGACGGCCGCGGCUCCGGCCCUGGCUCGGCUUCGGUUCAUCUCCGUGGGGACGGAGUAUGACCCGAAGGAGCAGUUGAUCCGCGACCUCGCGCGGAUUCUGGGGCCGGACUCGUCGCCCGGUAUUCUCCACUCGUGGAGUGGCGGCCAAGCAAUUGCGGUCACCGUCGUCUGGGUGGAUCCGGCCAAGGUGGUCGCCGGAUCGUACGAGGUCCAGGUCGAGCCAGGGCCGCAGACACUGUUCCACCGCCCUGAGUUCCGCAAGCCCCUUCGUCCCGGCACCUGGACCGUCAUGCUGUUCCACCACUGGUCCCUCGUGGCCCAGAUACGCUUCCUUGUCUCUCCCGUUGCCUACCGCGACGGCAAGAAGCUGACGUCGGCCACGACCGCGUCGCGGGCGAACGGCGGGCCGCAGGGACCCUACAUCGGCCAUGACCUGUCCCGCGUGGAGGAGCACCUGGGAUACUCGGCCGAGACGCGCCGCACCCUUCAGGCGCAGGCGGACGAAGACGCAUUUCUCGUUGGCCCGGACCUCGAUAGAUGGGUCGACGCGCUGACGGUGCAGUUCUGGACGUUCCGCACGGCGUGCGUCACACGUUCUGCGCCGUCGAGUGGGACGUGCGAGUCGUUGACACUGUGCCGCGAGAGCGGAUGGAGUUCGCACUGGCCGGACCCAACCGUACAGGUCAUGACCGGCACGUGAGGCCACGCGGUCUUCUAGAUGUUCUUUCUUUUGGUCCGCGGAGGAGCUCAGGCAAUCCUCACACGGCACGUUCUUCGUCUUCGAUAAUAGAGAUCGCUGGCAGAGGUCGGCGUACUCGCUGCUUGCGUAGUUGUCGGUCUAGCCCGCAUGCAUGAUCUUGGGCCCGAUCAUAGAUGAGUAGCGAAAACCUCGCAACAGUUUGCCGUCCGCUGCAGUGCCUGUCUCAAGGUCCAGAGGUCGAAAGAUGCCCCAUUUGGUGCUUGAUUGAAGGUGAAUGGCCACCUAAAAACACAACCUAUGUGGGCAUUAUGUUGCCCCGUUUUUUAAAAAGGCGAGAAAGGAGUAAAGAAAUGUCUAACGUAACGAGUCAUAAAAUGUCGCUGCAUAACUGUGAAAUGUUUCAUGCGCAUAUCAGCAGACAAAUAACGUAGUCCUAUAACUAAUAUAGAAUAUGGCGAAUGUAUUUCCUUCUUGGAUGUGACUUUGCCAUCAGCUCUCGAGAGCUUCCACUCUGAAUACAAAAGAAUACAAAGCAGCAAAUGGGGCCCGCAGUGGCUUUGGAUUCCACUCUGCGUCUCCCAAUCGGUAUGGAAGAUUACGCCGUCGUCUAGACAUUAAUCGUAGACAGAGCACAGGUCUAUGAUUUUGCUGUCCAACUCUGGAAAUGUGUAGUAAUUCUAUGGGUAUCUGCGGGUGCAGAAACGUUUUGCCCAUUGGGCUGUCAAAUAUCAAGUUAUGCACUCAACCAUAUUGUGUAUGGGCUAUGGUCCCUAGUAGCACGCAGUGUUUCCACAACCUUGAAGCAACUUGCUCAAUGUUGCCGCAACGUUGUGUCAACAUUUGGAGCUACUAGGGGCGUAGCCCAUCGUAGCUGCAACCAGUUACGUGACUCGGUAACCUCACUUGUGUUUGAGAGCCUCGAGUUAUAGCAGGCACAGAAAAGUGCAUAUUCUUUUUCGUUGCGUGUCGAAUAUCUGAGCUUGUUUCAGAAGAAAUUGAUUAGGCAAAAGAACAGAUGAGGGGGCUGCUGCAGCGCGCAUUAAUGGUAGCUACUGAGGCGUUGUUAUUGUUUGCAUUGCUUUUUUUUUUUGGUUUGCUUGCCCAAGUUCUAGUUAACCUAGGUGGUUACUUGCAGCCUUGGUUUUGCUUUAAAGGGCCAGUAAACAGGUUCAGACUUUUUUGUUACACCUCGAAACAAGCUGGCUAACUUGUGCAGAAGGCCACGCCAAUCAAUUUGUGGAUGUCACAGUGCUGUACGCCCCGCAGAUGCUCCAUUUCGAGAAACAGUUGCCUCGCCCCUCUCCUGCACCUGCCCAAUCCUUUUCGCCUGCACAGUGACGUAAUCUUACCCAUGGGCAACAUUACGUAGCACCAACUUUGUCUAUUGGUCCUUUGCACUACGAAACGGCACCUUGGCCGUGCAGUGAUGCAGUUUUGGCCGUGCAGUCCGCAUUUUCAUUUUCUUGUGCUGCCGUCUGCCAUUUCGCUACAGCCGAGACUACUGGGACAAGCGGUACUGCCAGAAUGGAAGCCUUCAAGAUCAAGAGGCACCUCGAGACUUUACCGCUAGGGGGAGGACGCAUGCACUGUGCCAUACACUCAUACCUCGAUAUAACGAACGUGGAUAUAGCGUAUUAGUUAUAACGAAGUAAAUGAAGAAUAGUCUUGUCAUAGCUAAAAUGUUACAAAUAUACGUUUAUAACUAAUUUCUGGAUAUAAAGAACAUAUUUUCGUGUCAGAUGCGACUUUGUUAUAACGAGGUUUGAGUGUAUUUGCUUACCUCGCCAGUGCCUUGCAGCCCUCGUACCUGCGCUUCCUCACCGCGGCGCUCCAACACGAGCGACACGCAGAGGAGGCCUCGUUUGGUCGUUCGCUGCACGCCGCUGAUGUAAUCGCUGACGUGUUACGUCGCCGAAGGGGGCGUAGUCACGACAAAGGGCCACGCCUAUCCCUCUUUGCUGCCAAGAAGGGUGGGAAGGCCGUGCGAGAAACUGGAACCAGCUGAAGUGGGUUUUCCUACACCCUGUAAUUUCCUAAUUACAGCACUUAUUCGCAAAAUCUGUGCGGCAGCAUGUUCACAGUGUAGAACUGCGCAGUUAUCUGUGCAUCACGAAUUUUGCACCGUGAAGUUGUUUACUAGCCCUUUAAGACGAGACAGAAGGAAAUCUACAGUAGGUCGGCCCUGUCCCGAGCUUCAUUUUGGGGAAGGAAAACAGUAAAAGUCUCGAAUCGGUCGUCUCACAUGCUUCUUAAACAGAACAGAGAGGAUUUCGAUUCGUUGAUUUUUUUGCUUCGUUAAGGUAACGAGCAAGGCACUAGGCUGACACGAAUGCUCUGUUGGUUAGCAGAGGCCUGAAGUGGCUGUCUAAUCAAUAUCCCGGUGGUGUCACCUUGCUUAUUUUGUGUAUAAUGGUAAAAUGCAUUCCAAGUUGGCUUAUGCAAGCACAUCACAGAUGCUGUGCAUAGAGAGAUCAUGGACCUUUUUAGCGAGUCAGUUGGGUUAGCUAGCUUAAAUCAUGACUUCAAGCUGCUAUAUACAUUCAGUACACUAAAGCGGAUUUUAGCUAUGUUCUGGGCUACAUUACUCAUAGAUAUUUUACAGGUGAUGUGUGUGUGUCCACACAAAUCUAUCUCGAAAGUUGUCUUGCCUUCAAAGUUUUGUGUCAGUACUCCUUUGAGGUUUCAUUGCAAGUAAGGAUGCCAAGUUUUACGAUUUGGUCAUCAUCUUGACGUCUUCCCUUGAAAUGGGAUGUAUCUAAGUUGCCGUUUGCAUGUCCGGCUCUUUUUCAUGACGUGCCUUCAAAUCCCAUUGUAUACAUGAUACACGGCGAUGUCAGUCAGAACUCUCAUGAAUUGUAUAGUGAGUUGCAGCAUUUGAAGAAAAAAAGAAAAAUACUACUUGCCUUGAUGUCUUGCAAAAAAAGCAAGUUGGAACAUUUUUAGGUGUGUGCUUGUGUUGAAUUUUUUUGUGUUACAUUAAUAGUUUGUACAGGAGUACGAUUGUAAACUCUGUCUAGUCUACCAUUGCAAUUCUCGAGAUAGGUUCUUGGUGUUCGUGGGAUAACAUACAAACGCUUUCUCGACAAAGCAACGAGGUUUUGUCGGGUCAUGUUCCUGUGAGAAUGUGUGAUGUCCAUGGAUUUACAUAAAUUGUGCCUUUGUUGUGUGUCGUGUCGGCAUUUGUCACACAUUUCGUCAUCCUGUAGCUUUUGCUCCACAUCCUUGAGUAUGCGUGUGUGUUAACCAAUGCUGUGGUUCUCUUCACGGCCAUGUUCGUCAUUGCACUAACCACGUGUAACAUGCAAAUAAUUUUUUUGAAGUUUGUCUACCUCCCAAUAAUGGCACUUGUGCAUUUUUGCAUAUUGUGCAUUGUGCACAAUAUGCACAAUUGUGCAUUUCAUGCAUAUUAGAAAAACUGCUUUCAUUCUAAUACUUCUGUUGUUGCAUUUGUUCGAAACUAAUUUGACCCUUGGGUUCUUGUAGACGUCCUCGUUUACCUGCAGGUGUUCUUGAUGUUCGUUGUGGAUUUGGGCAGUAACAAACCUCCGGUGCUUUUCUGUGACAUCAUGGUAUCGAAACGCUUCAAACUCAUAGUAACGUCGACUGUGCAACCGCGCACUUUUCAGAAUUCCCAUAAUGUGUCUUUCACGAAGUCUAAGCACAGAGAUUGCUUUAGCACCGAAAAGUGGUUAACCGACGUCGAAGAAAACGUCACCAGAUAAAUUUUUUUUAUGUGCGUGUAACGAAGUAAUGUGGCACAUCACUGCACUGAACGUGUGAAGCAAUCAAGCGCACUUCCUCCAGACAAUGAUCAUACCCUUCCUGAACCAUUGCAUAUCACGAGAGCUUCGCUGAAAGCAGGCUUAUAUGUGCAUCGAAUUUUAAUAGCUGCAUGUACAUAAGUAUCGCUUGAACGUAACAUUCACGUGCAUAUCAGAGUAGUGCCAUACUGUACUCGUGUUAUGUAGAGUUAAACACCCACACGCUCUCCUGUGUACGUACUUAGUUUGUGGUUCUGUUUUCAGUACUAAGUAGGUUCUUGCUUAGUUUGUUGUUUCGUGAAGGUGCCAUGUUUUACACGUGUUACUUUGUUCUUUGUAUAGCCAAGCUGUGAUGACGCGUCACUUUUGGAAUUGUACAUCACUUCAAAUACUGGCUUUCUGAGCACUCGAGAUGAUGCCUCAAGCAAUACGUACCUCCUUCAUCAAGGACAAAAGAUAUGGGGCUGCUUGCUCGACCAUAUCUCAUCGUAGUCUUCAACUUCGUAACGAUGUAUGUAGACUUCACCAACUGUAUAGUCUUCGAGCGCACGGUGGUCAUUGCUGUAAUCUUCGACUUGGAAAAUGUCUGCAGUCUUCACCAGAUACAUAGUCUUCUUCACCAUAGUUCUUCGACUCUGUUUUCAGGGCAAUAGCUGUGUACAAGUUUUGUCCAAGCAUUUUUUUUUUGCCCAAAGCGUCGAUUUCAAUUAUGUGUGUAGUGUGGUCAUAAUGUUCAGUCCGACAUACCAAAAAAAGUGGUGUAAUGCAGAGGUGUCGUAAGUGCGCAAGCCAUUGCUUGAAACUCAGGCUGUUCUAAGUGCUUGUGUUUGUGCAGAACUCGGAAGUUGCGAAGUCACUCGAGUGGUUAUAAGUCAUUUACCUAGAAGCAGGUUACUUUUAGUGGACAGACAGCCUAUGCGUGCUUUGUGAACUUCUAAAUAACGUAAAAGGUUCACACAAGGAGGUGAGGACUUCGAAGUGACCAACAUGUGGUCGCACAAGGGAUGCCUGGAUGUGGCGAUGACAAGGGAUCUUGUCUCGGCUCUCAUUAGGACACGUACGCUUGACUAGGACAAAUCAUUUGCUGUGACGAAGGCAAGUCCUUCAUCCUGGCGAAGAUGUGUCCUCUUUUGCGAAAAUCAGCUGAGGGUUUCUUAUUUGCCCACCCUUUUAUCAGUUUGUGCACUUUCUGCAAUGUUUGGGACUCAGCCUGAUGGUGUUGGGUCUAGCUUAGAUUAAAUUCAACUGCUUUGCUUUACAGCCAACAGUCGAGUGAGUGCAUUGGUACACAUUUUCAGCAGGGCUUUAGGUCCUUGACCUGGUUCUGUACUCGUCUUUGUGUAUGUGCAGUGCUUCACGAUGUUUUAAAUGAAAGACUGCAAAGAAGGAGGAUCUCGCAUUUAAAAACAUCGCAAAGCGCGUCGCAUAAACAAACAUUAAUGUCUACCAACUCAUUCUUUUUAUCCUAACGUUCUGUACUGUGUGGCACCUGUUUUGCCGUGUGAACAAAUUUUGUUUCUGGGUUGGUUUCCUCGACAAGUGCUGGAAACGAUUGAGAGCUUGUUUUACGUGUCUGCUGCAUUGAACAAAUUUUGGGUCUUCCUUUUUGACCUUGUAUUCGUCUUCAUUUGUUUUCCAAAGUCAUUGCACAACUAGCUACUUGUAAGCUGCCGCAUGUUGUGUUGCUCUUGAGCAGAUUAUCAUAUGUGCAUGUGCGUCUCGUAUUGGUCACAACGUGUGCAAUGAAAGAGAGAUUUCAACUAUUUUUUUGUACUCUGAAACUGUCGUGGAAAUGCAGUCAAAUAUACACGUUUCAUAGA